GUGUUAACUCUUGAUCGUUUCGUGGGAACAAACCAAACCAAUCGUACAUGCCCAAACUCCAAUUUUACGAUAAGUGACAAAUGUGAGUGAGUGAUUAGUUUUAAAAAUUGAUCCAUUUGCAACUACCUGGAUAUUUAAUUUUAUUCCCCGGAAUUAUUCUGAGGGUAGAUUGUGGAUAAUUUACUGGUUGAAAGACGUAGAGAUGGUUUAGAUAAUUUCAGAGGUAAUUUUGUAUAAAAAAUCUUAUUAAUGACAAAAAUAUAAGUUGCUUCUUCUCAUAGCUCUAGGCAGUCUCGCCUGUUAGACAAAAUUGAGGGUGUAGACGCUACUUUCUUGGGGCAAGAUGGACCCCGUUUCCAUUAUUAGAUUUUCGUUCUGUCAAAAUUUAAGAGGUUUUUGUUUAAAACUUACAACUUCGUAAUGCAUAUUUAUUUAUGUUUUUUAAAAAGCUAUUAACCUGUAACAGUAUCGGCCUGAUUCGUCUCAGUGAACGUUAGCUUGCUCCGACAAUCCUUUCAACUUGCUGACAUCCAGUUAAGCUAACCCCAGCUAACUUCGUUAUGUGAAGUGUUUUGCAAACAAAGGAGCUCUGCAGCUAUCUGGUGUUGCACGUUGCUCUCAUGUGCCCAUGGAGAAGGAGGUCUUUGAGGGGUGGCUGGAGUCAGUCUCUGCCACUUUCCUUACACUUAAUGACCAGCAGCGUAACCAGGCUCUGGACCAGCUCAUAUCUUUGAGCGGUGCUGUGCAACUUCGUCAUCUGUCCAAUGGACUGGAGACGCUGCUUAAGCGUGACUUCCUGCGCCUGCUUCCUCUGGAGCUAGCCUUCUAUCUGCUCCGCUGGCUUGAUCCACAGACACUACUCACCUGCUGCCUGGUUUGCAAACAGUGGAAUAAGGUGAUAAGCUCUUGUACAGAGGUUUGGCAGACAGUGUGUCGUGAGCUUGGCUGGAGAAUUGAUGAGUCCAUCCAAAAUGCAUCCCACUGGAAAGGAGUCUAUCUAAAGGCUAAGCGGAGAAUGAUGCAAUUGAAGGAUCAAGAAGCCUUUGAGACGUCAUCCCUUAUUGGACAUAGUGCUCGAGUGUAUGCGCUUUAUUAUAAGGACGGCCUUCUAUGCACAGGGUCAGACGACCUUUCUGCAAAGUUAUGGGAUGUCCGCACAGGGCAGUGCAUUUAUGGUAUCCAAACGCACACUUGUGCCACAGUAAAGUUUGAUGAACAAAAGCUUGUGACUGGAUCCUUUGACAACACCAUUGCCUGCUGGGAGUGGAGCACAGGAGCAAGAAUUCAGCAAUUCCGUGGUCAUACAGGGGCAGUCUUCAGUGUGGACUACAAUGAUGAAGUGGACAUGCUGGUGAGUGGUUCAGCUGACUUUUCUGUGAAGAUCUGGUCCCUGUCAACUGGAAUCUGCCUCAACACUCUGACAGGACACACAGAGUGGGUCACGAAGGUGAUACUACAGAAAACAGAAGUAGAGUCUGUGGUGCACAGUCCUGGGGACUAUAUCCUCUUGAGUGCUGAUAAAUAUGAAAUUAAGGUCUGGCCAUUGGGCCGUGAGAUAAACUGUAAGUGUCUGAAAACACUGUCAGUUUCUGAGGACCGCAGCAUCAGCCUUCAGCCGCGACUACAGUUUGAUGGGCGCUACAUCAUUUGCAGCUCAGACCUUGGAGUUUAUCAGUGGGACUUUGCCAGCUUUGAGAUUCUCAGGGUGAUUAAAACCCAAGAUCCAGCAAACCUGUCCCUGUUGAGUUUUGGUGAGGUGUUUGCUUUGCUCUUUGACAACCACUUUCUGUAUGUUAUGGAUUUAAGGACAGAGGCUAUCUCAGGCCGCUGGCCUCUGCCAGCUUAUAGAAAGUCCAAACGAGGGUCCAGCUUUCUGGCUGGGGUGACCUCAUGGUUAAAUGGUCUGGAUGGUGGCAAUGACUCAGGGCUGGUGUUUGCUACAAGCAUGCCCGACCAUAGCAUUCACUUAGUGCUAUGGAAGGAGAAUGGAUAGAACACAGACUGUUUAAAAAAAAAAAAAAAACUGGACUCCUGAGAAAUAAACAAACCUGAACUGAAGCCAAGAUGGAUGAUGCAUGGACCAAAGCAUUAGCAUUUUAUCAGUUUCUUCCUCAUUCAUUUCUAAAGAAUACACUCCUACUGACGCCCUGGAUUUGCACUCGGGAUUAUCUUGUACAAUUACUUCAAAUCAUGUCCUCGUUAAAUAAAUGCACCAAUGAAUUCCCUGUACAAUAAUAUACUUGUAUGCAUCUCCCUGUACAUUAUUAGUCUAGUUGUAAGUUUUUGGCAAAUUAGCUUUCCCCCGUCACUUUAAGUGCUGUGUUAAAUGCAAAUGUUUUUACUGACCAUUGAUUUUGACGUUAGAUUUCAAAACCAAUCAGAUUAUGUAGCUAAUUUGCCAAAAAAAGUUAUUUUAAAAGUGGCCCUGCCUUAAACACAAGUUCUGUAAAUAGCUAUGAACUGCAACCUAGAAGUCAAUAUGGACAUCAGUUCACUGUUUCGUUUUUUUUUUAUUACAGAAGAUCCCAGAUGAAGCUCCUUACUAAAGUUAGAAAUGUUGAUACAAUGGUAGUUGUACCAUGUACCAUGUGAACUAUACUUCAAUUUCUGAUGGACUUUGAGGUUAAAUGUUUGACUAAUUUUGUGAUGUGCCUUUUCAUUUUGAACAUAUACAGGAUUAUACUUUAUCUGCAGCAGGUGCACUGCAGCCAGAGAAGCAGUGUUGUAUACGAUAUGUUUGAUUGGUCAAACUAACUGUGCUCUAACAGUCAAAAGAUGUCUGUAAUUUUAUAGGCAUAUUCCUGACACAGCUUUUUAGGUGAAUUGCUCAUGAAUUGUUAAUUGUGUUGAACAUCAGGUUUAUAAUCUUUAAGGCCUUGGUACUUUGCACAAUAGAGAGACCUGGUUUGUAUAUGCAUUUUUAUUGUCAUAACUCAUCUGCAAUCUACAAAAAUUAGGGUUUCUGAAGCCCAUAAGUAACUUAAGUAAAAGUAAAAAAAAAAAAAAAAAAAAA